AUGCAGAUCUUCGUUAAGACUCUUACCGGAAAGACUAUCACCCUCGAGGUGGAAAGUUCCGACACGAUCGAUAACGUUAAAGCCAAGAUCCAGGACAAGGAAGGGAUUCCUCCGGAUCAGCAGAGAUUGAUCUUCGCCGGAAAGCAGUUGGAGGAUGGCCGAACAUUGGCCGACUACAAUAUCCAGAAGGAAUCAACCCUUCACUUGGUUCUCAGGCUUCGUGGUGGUAUGCAGAUCUUCGUCAAAACCCUUACGGGGAAGACGAUUACCCUUGAGGUGGAGAGUUCUGACACCAUCGACAACGUUAAAGCUAAGAUCCAGGACAAGGAAGGCAUUCCUCCGGAUCAGCAGAGAUUGAUCUUCGCCGGAAAGCAGUUGGAGGACGGCCGAACUUUGGCCGACUACAACAUUCAGAAGGAAUCCACCCUUCACUUGGUGUUGCGUCUACGUGGUGGUAUGCAGAUCUUUGUGAAGACCUUGACUGGUAAGACUAUUACCCUCGAGGUUGAGAGCUCAGACACGAUCGACAACGUCAAAGCUAAGAUUCAGGACAAAGAGGGUAUCCCACCGGACCAGCAGAGGUUGAUCUUUGCCGGCAAGCAGCUUGAGGACGGUCGUACUUUGGCCGACUACAAUAUCCAGAAAGAGUCGACACUUCACUUGGUGUUGCGUCUGCGUGGGGGUAUGCAAAUCUUCGUCAAAACCUUGACUGGUAAGACAAUCACCCUCGAGGUUGAGAGCUCGGACACCAUUGACAACGUGAAGGCCAAGAUCCAGGAUAAGGAAGGCAUCCCUCCGGACCAGCAGCGUCUCAUCUUCGCUGGAAAGCAGCUAGAGGAUGGUCGCACCUUAGCAGACUACAACAUCCAGAAGGAGUCGACCCUUCACUUGGUCCUGCGUCUUCGUGGUGGUAUGCAGAUUUUUGUGAAGACCCUUACCGGCAAGACCAUCACACUGGAGGUGGAGAGCUCUGACACAAUUGACAACGUCAAGGCCAAGAUCCAGGACAAAGAAGGUAUCCCACCGGACCAGCAGCGUCUCAUCUUCGCUGGUAAGCAGCUUGAGGAUGGUCGCACACUGGCUGAUUACAACAUCCAGAAAGAGUCGACCCUUCACUUGGUCCUCCGUCUCCGUGGUGGUUUCUAA